UUUCUCUCUCCUCUCUCACUCUCUCUCUCCCUCUCUCACUCUCCACAGUUCACCUUUUGCUUUUGUGUUGUUUGUUUGAUUAGUAUUCAUAUUGUUUGCUCCCUUUCUCAUCACACCCCGCUCCUAAUUUAUCUACAUUGUGAUUUGCUCUUCGAGAUCUUUCUUGAGUUGGUGAAAAUGUGUAGUGUUAAGAACUUAAGGAUCGGGAGAAUAAUGGAAAAUAGGGUCUAAAGAUCUGUUGGGUUUUCUCUUUCAAGACCUUACCUGAAUUAGUGAAUAUAAGCAAAUUAGCAUUUACACAAGAGGUUGAAGCUGAUGGAAGCUAUGAUUUUAUAACUUGUGUUGUGUUUUCGGAUACUUAGGGUUCACUUUAUCAAGAUCUGGUGGGUGGUGGUGGGGUAGUAGUGCCAGAUCUCCCAACAAUCAUUGGUGCUUUGUUUGGCCUGCAAUGCAAGCGCUGCAGAUCUUAUUAUAAAUGGGUCAAGAUUUAGAGCUGGAUUUUGAAAAGUACUGUGUAGUGGAUGCAAGUCCCAAGACUGUUCUUCCUUCUCCUCAUCAUCAUCAUUCAAAUCUUGAAAAGAGAAAGGUUAGAAAGAAACCUAAACCCAAGUUCAGAAAUGAAGUAUCAUCAUCCUUGAGUCAAAACAAGGAAUUUACAGAAAUAACCUUCAAUCGAUACCGAAGUGCAUCCUGUAGAACUGCUCCUUCAAUUAGGUUACAAGUUGAUGAAGAAGCGCCAAGAAGAGGUUCUGUGUAUCAAAGCUCCAUAGAAUCAAGCAAAAUGAAUAGACUCAGUGAAGGGAGAAAGAAGAUUGAAGUUUCAAGAAAAAGUGAUAUUCCAUUUUCAUCUGAGAUAAUAGUUGAUUCCUUAUGUGGUUCAGAUGAGGAUACUAAUAAUAAUUCAGUCAAUUCAGUCAACAAGGAGAAUCUUUCCAUUUCAAUCCCUUUACACAAAUCUCUAUCUUCAAGAUUAUCAAUCCCCCAAUCUCCCACCAAAUCAGAAACCGAUUCUUCUUCCUCAUCAAAGACUCGUUUCAGUCCUUUCAGAAAGAUGUUUGACCCCUUCACAAAGUCAAAGUCUCACAAGAUCGAAGAACCGAAUGAAGCGACAUCAUCAAGAAAGACUACUUUGAGAAAAUCAUUGCUAAAUGAUUUCUCAAACACUGAUGAGGGUAAGAAAAAAGAUUCUUGUAGCUCAAUCCUAUCAUCAUCUUCUUCUUUUUCUUCUUCAGCUGCUCACUUGAGUGGGAUUCUUAAGGUGAGAAACAAGAAUGGGAUGCCAUAUUUUGAGUUUUCUGUAAAGAAUCCACAUGAUGUUUGGGUUGCAAAAACAUGGAAUAUGGGAGAUGGAUUUAAUUGGGUGUAUACUUUUCACAUGGCUCAAAACAGAAGAUCGAGUAAUGUCAGUGGACAUGGAUCAUCUAAAGAUCAUCAUAGAAAUGGAAGUAAAGAGUUUUUAAUGAUGGCUCAGAUGCAAGUUUCUUGUUAUUUAUGUACAGAAUUGAUAAAUCCAGGAGCUUUCAAUAACUCCAUGCUCACAGAAUUUGUGUUAUAUGAUCUUACACGCCCAAAAGAAACCCAAAUUGACCAAGAAAGAGUCAACAACAUUAAUUCUUCAAAUUCAAAUCCAUGGCCUGUGAAAGAUUUACAUCCGGAUCUUGAAACUGCAGCCAUUGUUUUACAGUUUCCAUUGAAACACAAAGAAGGGGAUAUGAGAAAUCAUGAUGUUGUUGAAACUUCAACCCCAACAAGAGUUAAUGUGGUGAUCCCUUCAGGUAACCAUGGUUUGCCAUUGCCAGGUGGCGAAGGUGAAGCUCGUGGUGGGGCCUCCCGAUUACUUGACAGGUGGCGAAUGGGUGGAGGUUGUGAUUGUGGAGGGUGGGACAUGGGGUGUCCCCUUGUUGUUUUUGGCAAUCAUCACGUGAAAACAGAUGUGGAGAUUUUCUUCAAGGGGAGUAAAGAGAAGAUGCCAGGUUUGACCAUGAAGUUGACCGAAGAGGGACAAUAUGUGGUUGACUUUCAUGCACAGUUAAGUUCACUACAAGCAUUCUCCAUAUGUGUUGGUAUGUUGCAUGGAACAGAAGCUUCCAUUGUUGCAUGUGGAGGAGAUGUGAAGAGGAAGAUUUUGAAAUGUGAUUCUUUGAGGGUUUUUAUUGAGGAGGAAGUCAAACACUUGAUGGAGGCUGUGGCAGAAGGGCAAAAAGGGAAAUCAAGUAAGAAUGUUGAUGAAAUUCCACCUACUUUUGUAGUUAAUCCACCGUUUUCUCCAAUGUCUCGUGCAUGAAUGAUGGAUGAAGCCUACAUAAUCUUUAGAUAGGUUUAGUUUGUUAGGAACAAUUUGAGGGGGAAAACAAAAUUGUUUAUAUUGUUGGUUCUUUUAAGAAGGCACGGGGAAAGAGGAUUUUUUAUAAAAAAAAAAAAAAUUUAGUUUUAGUUUUGUAAGUUAUAUGAAGGUGGUGUAGUAAGAUAUGGAGGAAUAUUUGUAUCUCUGGAAUGAUAAAUAAUAAGUUGGUCUGUUAUACAAAAGAA